AUGAGCACGACUACGCUGCUAUCGCUGCAACGAGUUAGGCCAUGUAGCACAGGAUUGCUCGGGAAACAAGUCCGGGGACAAGGUGCUGUCGCAACUCUUACCUCCUCUCGGUCAGUAAAUGUGGCAUUGCCUGUUGUCAACAUGUGCAUUGAGGGUAAACGAUGUUCGGCGCUCGUCGACACUGGAUGUUCCCGAUUGAUCGUAAGUGCGGAUCGAUCCGUGACAUGGAGCAGUCAACAAAUCAAGAUUUGGAUGAUUAACGGAGUGUCCCGGGCCUGUUGUGGUGUCGGGACUGUAUCAAUCCUCACAAACGGAGGGAAUCGUGCCAAGGUCGAGGUUUUGGGGGCACGUCAAAGGCCCCUUGGUUACGACCUGCUGCUUGGGAUUGAUGCGAUCCGAGCGUUAGGAGGCAUAAUAAUCACGCCAGCCGGAAAUGUGGAACUGGGUAAAGGAAGAAAGGUGUGUGCAGCCCUUUGCAUUAGUGAGCUGGAUUUCGAAGUCUCUUUCAAUUGA